AUGAGCUGCGUUAACCUUCCCACCGUGCUACCCGGCUCCCCCAGCAAAGUCCGGGGGCAAAUUCAGGUGAUCCUGGGACCUAUGUUCUCCGGAAAAAGCACAGAACUCAUGCGUAGAGUCCGACGAUUCCAGAUUGCCCAGUAUAAGUGCCUCGUGAUCAAGUAUGCCAAAGACACUCGAUACAGCAAAAGUUUCUCCACACAUGACCGGAACACUAUGGAAGCACUGCCAGCCUGCUUGCUUCGGGAUGUGGCACAGAAUGCCCUGGCUGUGACUGUCAUUGGAAUUGAUGAGGGACAGUUUUUCCCAGAUAUUGUGGAAUUCAGUGAGACCAUGGCAAAUGCUGGGAAGACAGUAAUUGUAGCUGCACUGGAUGGGACCUUUCAGAGGAAGGCAUUUGGGAAUAUCCUGAACUUGGUGCCACUGGCAGAGAGUGUGGUGAAACUAACAGCAGUGUGCAUGGAAUGCUUCCGGGAAGCUGCUUAUACCAAGAGACUGGGGAUUGAGAAAGAGGUUGAAGUGAUCGGUGGUGCUGAUAAAUAUCACUCUGUAUGUCGACUCUGCUAUUUCAAGAAAGUCUCAGGACAAUCUACUGGGCUGGAGAACAAAGAGAACUGCCCCCAGAGUGGGAAGCCAGGAGAUACCACAAGCUGUCGGAAACUCUUUCCUACUCCACAGAUUCUACAAUGCAGUUCUAGCAACUAA